AUGUUCGAGAAAUUCCUUCUGCUGCUCAUCAUUGUUAUUGCCUUCAUUUCUUUCACGUCUGCUGAUUUUUCGUGCUUCUUCGGUGACACCAUUUGUAAGAGCAUCACCUGCAGGAACGCUGUGCAAUGGGCUAACAUCAUACAUUUACCAGUCCAGAAUAGAACCCAAGCGUUAACUUAA